UCGACAGGAUUAGCGAAUGACAUAAUGCGUAGUUUUCUCAAUUGGCAUCGAUUAGUUACAAUAUCCGGAUCUCUCUCUCUCAUUUUUUCCUGAACCCUCAAAGGAGUCGGAUAAGAGUAUUUGACUAAAUAAAGUCUAAGAUGUCAGGAGGUUAUGAAAUUCUCGCCCUCAAGGAGGAGGACGUUUCCAAAAUGCUUUCGGCAUCCGUGCAUUUGGGAUCGCAGAAUAUUAACUUUCAAAAUAAAACUUAUGUUUACAAGCGUCGUGAAGACGGGGUUCAUAUAAUUAAUUUACGUCGCACUUGGGAAAAACUCUUAUUGGCCGCUCGGGUCAUAACCGCCAUUGAGCAUCCAUCCGAAGUUUUCGUUAUCAGUGGACGUCCACACGGGCAACGAGCUGUUCUGAAAUUUGCGGCUCACACUGGGGCUACCGCGAUUGCUGGAAGAUUUACGCCCGGAACCUUCACCAAUCAAAUUCAGUCGGCAUUUCGCGAGCCUCGUCUUCUGAUAGUAACUGAUCCAGCUGCAGACCAUCAAGCUAUCAUUGAAUCAUCCUAUGUCAAUAUUCCAGUUAUUGCUUUUUGUGAUACUGAUACACCACUUCGUUAUAUUGACAUUGCCAUACCUUGCAACACCAAAGGUAAAUUUAGUAUUGGUCUUAUGUGGUGGUUCUUGACUAGAGAAGUUCUUAGAAUGCGGGGGUCAAUUCCGCGAGAAGCAAAAUGGGACGUCGUCGUGGAUCUCUACUUUUACAGAGAACCAGAGGAGUCCGAGAAAGAAGAACAAGCUGAUACCAAAGCUGUGCCAACACUCAAAGAUAUCGGAAGUUAUCCUCCAGUACUGAUGGAUAGCGCUGCAAAUGAUAAUUGGGAUGUGAACGAUAUUCCUCUUUCAACACCAGUUGAAAACUGGGGUAAUGAUGAUGUUAUUCCUGCUGUAGCACCAGUUGAAAAUUGGGGUAACGAUACACCGGUGCCAACAACUGAAAGUUGGGCUGAUGACAUACCACCACCUAUUAAUCCCGUUAAUACAGCUGGCGCCGAUAACCCAUUUGCAGCGCGUGCGACUGAUUGGGCCGCAGAACACGAAGAUUGGAGCUCUUCUCCAGCACCAGAUUUAAACUCAUCUUCUUGGGGCGGCGGAAAUCAGCAAAACUGGGGUUAAUUUAUAAACAAUGAAUUACAAUAUUUGUAAUUUGACAAUACCUUUGUAAAAAAUUUACUGAUAUAAAAUGUCUUGUAAAUUUAUUUGAAA